CCCGUUCUUAUUCUGUAUUAACUUUGCCAUUCCCAGUAGUAGUACAUGCAAUCGUCAUCUGCGUUCUUUUGCCUACACCGUUGUACCUUUCCUUCCACCCCCUCUUUCUGGGGUACGGUCGGGGCCAUACCAUUAUUAGAUAAGAUCAAUACCACCUACAGUGGUAUGUCAAUAGUUUGCGUUGCCCAUAUUAUACGCUAACCAAAUUUGAUUCCGCCUUCCAGAUACAGUUAGAUCGUAAAUAUUCUGUCAACCAAAACAAUGUAUACAAAGCGUGUGAUCAUGAAGCCCUACA